CACGCUCCCUCACGCACGGCCGCCCCGCUGACGGUCGCUCGGCCCGCCGGGGGGUCCUCCCUUGGUCUGGCAGGAGAGGAGCCCCUCAGCGGAGCAGAGCGGCGGAAUAAAAAGGGCGCGCGGGAGCGGGCGGCGCGCGCUCGCAGAGUCGGACAUGCUGGGCUGGAAGGAGGAAGUGGAGUGGAGAGGGGAGGGACCCGGGCUGCAGCUCCGCUCCGCCGCCGCUACGCUCACAAGCCCAGCGCAUGGAGCGGCGGACGGCUGGAGGAGCCUCGUGCUGCGCAGCGCCCACGGACUAGCAGAGUACCUUCACCGAAUGGAGACACAGGAGAGUCACGACCUGUCCCAGAUGUCAGGCAGGGACAGCCCACCUGCAAACGAGGCCCUCGAGGAGGCUGACGAGCCCAUGCCCGUCCCCGAGGACCUGUCGGCGAGCACAGGACAGCAGCAGCAGGCCAUCAAGGAGGAGAAGGUGCUCGCCGCUAAUAUAAAACUAGAGGCUCAGAGUGACGAGGAGAGCGCGCACGCCUGCGAGGCGAGUGGCGAGGACGAGAGCGCGGAGGACUUGCGCGUGGCACUCCACGCCCCGGGGCCCAAGCUCAACGGCGUCCCCCCGGGCCCCGACGCCAAGGCCUACUCCCCGGCCGGGGGCAUCCGCCUGCCCAACGGGAAGCUCAAGUGCGAUAUCUGUGGGAUAGUUUGCAUUGGCCCCAAUGUGCUGAUGGUGCACAAGCGAAGCCAUACUGGGGAGCGUCCCUUCCAGUGUAACCAGUGCGGGGCCUCCUUCACACAGAAGGGGAACCUGCUGCGUCACAUCAAGCUCCAUUCCGGCGAGAAACCCUUCAAGUGCCACCUGUGCAACUAUGCCUGUCGCCGUAGAGAUGCUCUCACAGGGCACCUUCGCACUCACUCAGUUGGAAAGCCACACAAGUGUGCGUAUUGUGGGCGGAGCUACAAACAGCGGAGCUCACUGGAGGAGCACAAGGAGCGCUGUCACAACUACUUGCAGUGUAUGGGCCUCCAGAACAGUAUCUACUCAGUAGUAAAGGAAGAAAGCAACCAGAAUGAGCUGAGUGAAGACUUAAGCCGGGCGGGAACAGAGAGAGCCCUGGUGCUAGACAGACUAGCUAAUAAUGUAGCCAAACGUAAGAGUUCUAUGCCACAGAAGUUUGUGGGUGAGAAGCGCCUGUCCGACCUGUCCUACAACAGCGGCUCGGCCAGUUUUAAGGAGACCGAGCUCAUGCAGCCGCAUGUCAUCGACCAGGCCAUCAACAGCGCCAUCAACUACCUGGGAGCGGAGUCGCUGCGGCCACUGGUGCAGACCUCCCCAGCCUCGUCCUCCGAGGUGGUCAUCAGCCCCAUCUACCCCCAUCACAAGCCCCUGAGCGAGGGCCCCGGGAGCAACGGCCUGUCAGCCAAGGACAGUGCGGCAGAGAACCUGCUGCUCCUGUCCAAGGCCAAGUGCGCGCCGAGCGAGCGCGACGGCUCCCCCAGCCACAGCGGCCACGACUCCACCGACACCGAGAGCAACAACGAGGAGCGGCCGGCCGGCGCCACCGGCCUCAUCUACCUGACCAAUCACAUCCCGCCGGGGGCCCGCAACGGCGUGCUGGUCAAGGAGGAGCCACGGCAGUACGAGGCCCUGCGCGCCGCCGGCCUGGAGCUGCCCACCGACGGCUUCAAGGUGCUGAGCAAUGAGGGCGAGCAGGUGAGGGCGUACCGGUGCGAGCACUGCAGAGUACUCUUCCUGGACCACGUCAUGUACACCAUCCACAUGGGCUGCCACGGCUUCCGGGACCCCUUCGAGUGCAACCUGUGUGGCCACCGCAGCCAGGACCGCUACGAGUUCUCCUCACACAUGACCCGAGGGGAGCACCGCUUCUGAUGGCCUGCAGGGGGAACCGUGGGACAGAGACACACACACACACACACACACACACACACACACACACACACACAAGCACAGGACACCCUGUGUUGUCACUUUCCUCACCCUUACACUGCUGCAUGUUUCCUUUUACAAAGUACACGAAAGGACUAAACCUGGACAGCAAUUACUUCUGGAAUGCCUCAUAGAAAAGAUGCGAACUGAACGAAGAGGAAAAGCAACUGCAGUAUUAAUAACGUUUAAAUAAUUGUUAUUGUUUAAUACACAAGAAAGAAAGAAAAAUUGCAAUGAAUCUUGGGAAGUUUUGUACAGGUGUGUUUUUACCUUCCCACGCAUCACCUCUGCAUGUCAUACUUUACAUCUGAACAAAUAGAAAUGUAAUGUUAUAUGUACUAUUCAAUAUUUUUGUAUAUUUCACAAAAAGCAUUGAGUGGCCCCUGAACUGUUUGCUGUUGUUUUUUCUACACUGUCACAAAGCGAGUUCUGAACAGCUGAAACGUACGAAAUUCCCGUCGCGUCCACGUGUUUGUCUUCUGCUCGUGUCCUGUGCGGCAGAGAAGCCCCAAAAAGUCUCUGUAACGUCUGCCGCAAUGUCCAGCUAGCUGCCAUCCGCAUGUACGGAGCGUGCGAGAAGUGUCCGUGAGGGACACGGCGCCGGCGGACAAUGGCAGAGAGCUCCAGCAACUGGACCGUUGAUAUGUCCCAUCUCAGCGGCUCUGUUGUGCGUGUGUGUGUGUGUGUGUGUGUGUGUGUGUGUGUGUGUGUGUGUGUGUGUGUGUGUGUGUCGGGCAGACUGGCGCAGCCCUUUCUGCAGAAAAUCGUUCUGAAUUAAAACUCGACUUCUGCUCAGACAUCUAUUUCUGCUCUGAACUUCCUGUACGGCGUUCAGCACUUACACGUCUACGAGCAAAGAGAAACCGAAAUCGCUUACAUCAAGUUAUUCAACAUUUCUGAAGCGGUUCACGAAGAAAAAGUAAAGGAAACGCGUCCAAGAAAAGGAGGGAAGGCGGCACGCGCGAUCGACCGUCCGCCUGGACCCCUCUGCGUUCGUGUGCAAACCGAAGAAGCUUUUUGGAACCGUUCUUGACACCGCUGCCACUCCUGGAGCCAGCGCCAUCGAGAGUACGCAGCUUAAUUAAUAACUGUCCGCUCCCUUUCACUUCGAGUGCAAGAUGCACGCUGGGAAGGGCGCGAGAGCCUCGCUUAAUCUUCUCUUUUUUCUAAAACUGGAUUCAAAUUUAAAACAUCGCACAAGAUACUUUAACUGGGUGGGAAGUAAACAGCUUCGCAUGAUGCGAGCACGGAGUGGGAUGGGUGAAAACGCUCUCCGGGCCCUGGGCCGCCGCGCUCCGUUUGCAGCGUCAGCUCCGGUGUCCAAUGCAGCAUCCGCUCCAGUGUCCAAUGCAGCAUCCGCUCCAGUGUCCGAUCCACUGUCCGCUCCAGCGUCCGCUCCACUGGCCGCUCCAGCAUCCGCUCCACUGUCCAAUCCGGCGUCUGCUCCAGCGUCCGAUCCACUGUCCACUCAGUGUCCGCUCUAGCGUUCAGCCCAGCCUCUGAUCCACUGGCCGCUCCAGCAUCCGCUCCACUGUCCAAUCCGGCGUCUGCUCCAGCGUCCGAUCCACUGUCCGCUCCAGUGUCCGGUCCAGCAUCUGAUCCGCUGUCCGCUCCAGCUUCCGCUUCGCUGUCCGCUCCAGUGUCACUGCAGUGUCCACUCAGUGUCCGCUCUAGCGUUCAGCCCAGCCUCUGAUCCACUGGCCGCUCCAGCAUCCGCUCCACUGUCCACUCCGGCGUCCGCUCCAGCGUCCGAUCCACUGUCCACUCCAGUGUCCGGUCCAGCGUCCACUCCAGUGUCACUGCAGUGUCCACUCAGUGUCCGCUGUAGUGUUCGGUCCAGCGUCCGAUCCACUGUCCACUCCACUGUCCGCAGCCCGAACGCGUACAAGUGUUUCAGCAGGUAAUGAUGUGCUCAUUGUUACACGUGUGCUGCACGUGAGCAGUGUUAUAUUGUUAGAACUAUAAUAAAAAAAGCAUAAUUUCCAUGAAGACCACAUGAACCUAACCCUUACACACAGUCAAUUACAAUCCAGGGUCAUUCUGAAAAUAAUGCAGUGCUUCACAUGUUUAUGGUAUUUAUGUUGCAAGCAUGUUUAUUUUGCUGUUUUAAUUUAUUGUUUUUUUUAAAGUAGAAUAAUUUAGUAAAUGUACCGGUGUGAACCUUCUGCACCACAUACACACCUCGGUGUAAGAAGUGUUGUGUAAAGCAGCUCUUUCCCUGUGGCGUCUAUAUUGAAGUUCACUUUUCCAGAACGGUAGGAAAUAACUAUACCAUCUCUUCUGGAUUACUUGAC